UGGACUACGUUUUUCUUUCAGGAUAUAGACAGACAUGGCGAAAUUUAACGUCCAUGUGUCCUCAUCGCGAAGGAAGAACCGCAAGAGGCAUUUCAAUGCCCCAUCACACAUUCGCAGGAAGAUCAUGAGCUCACCCUUGUCCAAAGACCUCAGGCAGAAGUAUAACGUGCGGAGUAUGCCAAUCAGAAAAGAUGACGAGGUUCAGGUCGUCCGGGGUCACCACAAAGGCCAGCAGGUGGGCAAAGUGGUACAGGUGUACCGUAAGAAGUUUGUGGUGUACAUUGAGCGCAUUCAGCGUGAGAAGGCAAACGGCGCCUCCGUCUACGUGGGCAUUCACCCAUCCAAGGUGGUCAUUGUGAAGCUCAAGAUGGACAAGGAUCGCAAGAAGAUCCUCGAGAGGAGGGCCAAGGGCCGCCAACUCAAGGACAAGGGAAAGGGCAAGCACACGGAGGAGAGUGUUGCCAUGGAGGCAUGAGUUGGAGGAGAGAAUAAAUGUGUGUCACCUAGG